CCUCCCACGUGCAGCUGCGCGCCUCCGCCGGCCGGGCCGUUGAGCACCAUGAUCCCGCUGCGGGUUUGGGCCGCUCGGCCGCUCGGCCGCGCCGUGGCCCGCGGGCUCCCGCUCCCGGCGCCCUCCCGCCCCCGCCUCUGCAGCUCCGGCCCCCGAGGCGCCCGCGACGAGGCCCCCGAGGCGCGCGCCUGCUUCACGACCCCCAUCUUCUACGUGAACGCGGCGCCGCACAUCGGGCACCUGUACUCGGCGCUGCUGGCGGACGCGCUGUGCCGCCACCGCCGCCUGCGGGGUCCCGGCGCCGCCGCCGCCACGCGCUUCUCCACCGGGACGGACGAGCACGGCCUGAAGAUCCAGCAGGCGGCCGCCGCGGCGGGCCUGGCCCCGACCGAGCUGUGCGACCGCGUCUCGGCCCAGUUCCAGCGGCUCUUCCGCGAGGCGGGCGUCUCGUCCACCGACUUCAUCCGCACCACGGAGGCGCGGCACCGGCGGGCCGUGCAGCACUUCUGGGCGGCGCUGCAGGCGCGGGGGCUGCUCUACAAGGGGCUCUACGAAGGGUGGUACUGCGCCUCCGACGAGUGCUUCCUGCCCGAGGCCAAGGUCAGCCGGCAGCCCGGCCCGUCGGGGAACCCGGGUCCGGUGUCCGUCGAGAGCGGGCAGCCCGUCUCCUGGACCCAGGAAGAGAACUACAUCUUCAGGCUCUCGCAGUUCCGGGAGCCGCUGCAGCGCUGGCUGCAGGACCACCCUCAGGCCAUCACCCCCGAGCCCUUCCAGCAUACGGUCCUCCAGUGGCUGGAGGAGGACCUGCCGGACCUGUCGGUCUCUCGCAAGAGUAGCCACUUGCACUGGGGCAUUCCGGUGCCCGGGGACGACUCGCAGACCAUCUACGUGUGGCUGGACGCCUUGGUCAACUACCUGACCGUCCUCGGCUACCCCAGUGCUGAGUUCGAGGCCUGGUGGCCCACCACCUCUCAUGUCAUAGGCAAGGAUAUCCUCAAGUUCCAUGCCAUCUAUUGGCCCGCCUUCCUCUUGGGGGCCGGCCUGAGCCCGCCACACCGCAUCUAUGUCCACUCCCACUGGACAGUCUGUGGCCAAAAGAUGUCCAAGAGCUUGGGCAACGUCGUGGAUCCCAGAGCUUGCCUGGACCGCUAUACUGUGGAUGGCUUCCGCUACUUCCUCCUCCGCCAGGGCGUCCCCACCUGGGACUGCGAUUACUAUGAGGAAAAGGUGGUGAAGCUGCUCGACUCCGAGCUGGCAGACGCGUUGGGCGGCCUCCUGAACCGAUGCACUGCCCAGAGAAUAAACCCUUCGGGGACCUACCCGGCCUUCUGCGCCCCCUGCUUUCCCAGUGAGCCCGGCUUGGCGGGGCCAGCGGCUCGCGCUGGGCCGGAAGACUACGCUCUGGUGAGCGCAGUGGCCACGUUGCCCAGGCAGGUGGCAGACCACUACGCGAACUUCCAGAUCUACAAGGCCCUGGAGGCAGUGUCCAGCUGUGUCCGGCAGACCAAUGGCUUUGUCCAAAGGCACGCGCCGUGGAAGCUGAGUUGGGAGAGCCCCGUGGACGCCCCCUGGCUGGGCACGGUGCUUCACGUGGCCUUGGAAUGUUUGCGGGUCUUCGGGACUCUGCUCCAGCCUGUCACCCCAACCCUGGCUGACAAGCUGCUGUCCAGGUUGGGGGUCUCUGCCACAGAGAGGGGUCUUGGAGAGCUCACUUUCUUGCCUCGAUUCUACGGACAUCCUUGCCCUUUUGAAGGGAGGCGGCUGGGACCUGAAACUGGGCUCCUGUUUCCACGACUGGACCAGUCCAGGGCCUGGCUGGUGAAAGCCCAUAGGACCUAGAAACUCAGUUCUUACGGUUUCUGGCUUGUGGUAAAAAGAGCAAGUGUGUUGUUUUGCAUUUUCAGGAAAGUUAUAUUAAUGUUAAGUGUUGCACCAAAUGAGCACAUAAGCGAUGUCCCUGUGAAAAGAGGUUUAAAACGUUUCAGGUGCCCAGCCCUGACUCUUGUUUUCUCUGCUCACUCACUAACCACUGCCCUUUGUAUGCCAGUGUCUCUACGACGUCUCUAGGGAAAGAUGGGUAAGAGGCAGCUCUGCUGGGACCAUUCGUUCUUCUGGUGCCUCCUUCCAAACCAGUUAGGUUAUUUACCCGGACUACCUCUCAUGGCUUGUUUUCCAUUGGCUGCCAGCCUCUGCCCCGGGAAUCGGGAGUUGGGAUUGGAGGUCUCUACCUCAGCUUUAAGCCCUAUUUUGUUACAUAUGUUGAGUCUCCUGUUAAAAAGAGAUUCUUUUAUUAACCUUUAAAAAUUCAGUGUCCUAGACUAGAUGUUUAUAUUUUCGGUUCUUAAAAUCAUGACUAAUGAUUAAUAUUAGCAGUCCAAUAGUUGUGCUUUGUAACACUACACUCCAACCAGUAGAUGGCUCUAGUCUCACAUGUGGAAUUAAGAUGGAGGUUCAGAGUCUAGAAGAAAUUUGUUUUCUGCUUUCUAAUUUUGCAGAAUUUAAGAAAAUUUUUAUUGCUUUUCUUAAAAUGAGGGAUAACUGCAACCACUGCUGUUUUACAGAAAGCCAUAAAAAAUAUCAGAAUCCUCAGCUUUCUUCAGACUACUGAAAAAGGACAUUUAGCCUAAUUAAACAUUUACUAUGCUAAUAAGUAAAUAUAUCAAGUUUGUUUGGACUAUGAUAAAUUGUAAAGCUCUCUUGAGGUACUUGGUAUGUUAAAAUUUUAAACUUUAAUAACAGUAAAUUAGAGGUAUGAUUUAAAAAAUCUUAAGUUGUUCAAAAGGGCAGUAUUUUCUUUAUAUUUUUUAGCCAUCAUUUUGUUAUUCACACACAUAAUUUACCUUAUAUGAUUUCUUUUGGUCAAUCAGCAUUGAUAACACAAUACAGAAAUUGUACAAUAGUUACUAUAAAUGUUAAUACAUUUACUUUUAAGUAGUUUUUACUGAUUAUUUCUUACGCUCUUUUAACUUGUUAUUAAAGUUUAAAAGUUUCUAAGUACCUUAUUCAGAUUCAUAUUGUUGCAUUUGUUGAAGGUGGUGGUGAAGGGAGGAAUGAUCAAUGCUCCAAGAAACUCAAACUGGAUUUAAGGAGCUCUCCAAGGCCCCAUAACAACACAGAAAAGAUGUUAAGGUAUCAGUUAUAUAAGGACUACAACACAGUGAGCCAGCAUUGUAUCUGAUAGGUGAUUGAUUGGACAGCCAGGCCACAGUUGAGAACUUGCCUUGAAAUAUCCAUUCUAAGCAUGGUAGCAAGCAGAGAGGGCUCAUUAUGAAGUAACUUACUAGGUUGCUAGUUCCCCAGAUUUAUUCUGUGUGCUUCUGUUUAGCUCCAGUUUCCAUUGCGAGGUUGUUUGCUUGGGAACAUUACUUAAAAAAGAAUGCUUGAAGGUAUUCUAAAGUGGAAGGAUGGUUUUGACAAAUGUUCCUGCAGACCUGGACUUCCCAUAUGAUGUAUUCGUUACCUGCUGGGAUUCGUAGGGCAGAUUACGGGGGCCUAGGAUUGAGUAUUAUCUCCUACGGCUGGACGGAGCACAGUAGGGAAAGACAUGGGGUAUGUUUACAUGGUGAAGGAAAACAGACCUACAACCAGUGGGAUGAUAACCUCUGCCUUUGCAGUGUCCCGUGAACAGUCUUCCAGUUCCCAUCACGAAUGGAGAGACAGUGUCUUCCACUUGACUGAGCUUUCCUGUGGCCUAGUACUGGUCCAUACACUGGCUCUUUGCUUGCUGGGUGUUAAUGGAGUUCCUUUUGUGCAGUCUGUCACUUGUGCAGGCAUUUUAACUGGCUACCAGAAUAUCUGUGCUACUGGAGGGCACAAAAAAUAGGGGAUUCAGAGAAGAGGGUAUUACAAAAGACAAGAUACUGUGAAUGAAAGGUGUGAUAUGGGAGAUGAACCACUUUGAUUUUCUGUAGGAGGUAAAGCAGAUAGCCUUUGGGUACUGGAUGUAUUCAGUUUGAUCCAGCACUUUAAGAAUGGCAGGUGAUGGAUAGGUAAAACUUAACUGGAGGACAUAGCAUUUCCAGGAGAGGGCAUCCUAAUCACCUGGGAGAAGAUGAUAAACUUGUAGAUCUCUAAGAAUCCCCCUACUCCAGAACUGCUAACAGCUUAUCUGGCAUCUUUGGCUCCCCUGACCAGAAGUUUCUCCCAAAUAAUACUCCUGAGGCUCAGAUUUUCAUUGUAGGUUAUUUUUGGAGACAGUGUUGCAGGAGGGUAUGACAGAGCACUGAUCAGGUGUUCAUGGGAUGUCCGUUACAGUGAUAACAGGCUAUCAACUUGGUAGACUACAUUCCUGUCUAUGAAGUCAUGCAGGAAGUUGUGGGCAAUGGACAGUAUAUGUUAAGUGGCACCAUUCAAUAUUAGAGGGCUAUUCCACAAGUGAAUUCAUAGAUUAGGCACCUCUGAAGCCAGGAGACCUGUGGCUAUACAGAGGUUAGGAAUAGACAGGAAUAGACAUGCUCAGCUGGCGUGGCUCAGUUGUUGAGCAUCGACCUAUGAACCAGAAGGUCAUGGGUUGAUUCCCAGUCAGAGCAUGUGCAGGAGGCAGCCAAUCAAUGAUUCUGUCUUUUCUCUCUCCUCCCUUCCUCUCUGAAAUCAAUAAAAAUACAUUUAUAAAAAAGAACAGGCAGGAACAAAAUAGAUACAAUCUCUGAUUUCACCGAGAUCUGUUAUUCUGGAAGUAGGCCUUGUUUUUCUUAAGGACCUGUGUGACUAUAGGGGCUGAGAAGAGCCUGAAAACCUUCCUGUUAAGUUGAUAAAGUACUCAGGAAGGCCUAGGCUGAAAUAUGGGCCCUGAGGCAAAGGCCAGUUUCUUGUUUUUGCAGCUGUACCUGUGAAUGGAACGUAGCUCUUUAGAUGUGGGAAGUUCUAAAACCAAAGUAAAGCCAGUAGUUGGUCAGGUUGUGGGGCUCCAAACUGGAUAUCUUAUGAUCAUAAAGUAACAGGCAGUACCAAGCAUUCAACAGAUUCCUCCUUGGGCAUUAUGGAGGGACGGACGGUCUCCUAUUGAGCAGAGUUGCAGUGUUGGCCUGCAUUAGUGCAACCUUGAGUGAUUGGGGAGGCCAUGCCUCUCGACUAAGGUUUGGUCCAUAAAGCUGCUGUCUAAUCUAUAAUUGCCUCCUGGAGGCAAUGCCCCAGAGUUACAGAACAACUGUCCUUUUCCUUUUUUUAUAUGUUUUUAUUGACUUUUUAGAGAGGAAGGGAGAAAAACAUGAAUGAGAGAGGACCACUGAUCAGCUGCCUUUGCACACCAGUGACAUGUGCCCUGACUGGGAAUACAGCCAGUGACCUCCUGGUGCCUAACUGUUCUUGCUGGAAUAACUAUUCUUGUUGGUGAGGUCUGGGGUGCUGUGCUAGAGUAAAUAAUAUCAGUGGACCUGAAAGGGUGUGGCCAUACUGACAGCCAUGUGUCUGUUUUUGCAGCAAGGUUUACUAGUUCAGAGAGCUUGGGGGGAGCUAGGGCACAGAUUAGGGUAACCAAGAGCACAGGUUAGGGGAAUCAGUUCUAGAAAAAAGCCUCUUGCAGAACUAUCAAAUACGUAAUUUCAGCACAACACUGUUAGUCCUGCCCCUUCCUCUAACAGAAAGUUGGGGUAGGAUUGGUUAACUUUUCUCAAUAGUAACACACCAAAUUUAAGGUUAAUAUUGCUGGAAGGGCCAGAACUAAGUUAAUUCAGGUUAAUUAGUGGGGAUUUUACCUUUUUAGGAAGAGUGUCAUUCUUUUCUGAGACAAAGGAACAAAGGAGCCCAGCCUGCGCUGCUUUCCUCUAUGGCACUCACCCAUCUGGAGAUGAAUAGGCUCUUCCUUCGAGUUCAGGUCGUCCCGGUUAACCCAGUAGAGAUCCUCUGAAUUAAAGAAGCCAUCUCAUAGGAAUCAUUGACCACAUUUAAAAUACCUGCUUAAAAUCCUAUGAAGGCAAUUGGUUUUACUUAUAUUUUCAUGAUAAGGAAGGGGAAUUGGGAAGAGCUAUCUGCCAAGAAGAUCUUUCAGUGCUUUGACAACUAGAAAUGAUAUACUCUGUACUGUGCUUCUUCCCAGGAAUAGUUAUUGGGAGGUUCAGCCCCUUUGAAUCUUUACCGAAGGUGAAUUUAACUUCCAUUUGGUGUACAACACAGUUUAACUCACCAUGGAUUUUAAAGUCCACACUUCCUCACUAAGAACAAGAUGAUAUACGAUGUCAGAAUGUUUCAGGAAACCAAGUGUGCCAUCUGCAAGAAAAUUCUAGCUCCAAGGGUAGGGGAGCCCUGCCUUCAAGUCAUUAAGGAUUUUGGGAUGAAAUGUCUGCAGGAGGCCUGGAAGACUCACUGGGUAAACUGGAAGGACAGCUUUGGGAAUACCUGUGGAAAUGGACGAUGCCACUUUUCUUAGCGUACGGUAUGGUGAAAUGGUGCUGACCUCCUUAUGCUAGUCCACUCCUAAAGAUACACCUUGUGCAUGUCCCCCCGUUAACUGAUAAUCACUGGUCUGUGAAUUUAACAUGAAGAUAAGCCCUCAAAAGCUAAUUUAUGGUUGUUAUAGAUUGGAUCAUAGUUCUAUUCAAUACAUUCAAUAAAAAUAUGACCAAUUUUUUUCCUGAUUAAGAUAUUUUUUAAAGGGUAAUAUCUUUUACAUUGGAACACAUUAAGAUCGUUUCAGUACUUUGGCUUCCUUUGAACUAGUCUAGAAGUGUCUAUUGAUUAAAAGCUCUAUGUUAAAAAAUAUAAAAUUCACAAGUGUGUUAUACAUUUUAGGUUAAUCAUUAAAAUACAAGUAGAAUGUAUUUCUUUCAAGCCAUAUGUAAUGUUAAAACUCAAUCCAAUAGAACACAGGAGAAAAAAAGAGCAAAGAAAAAUGAAAAAUUUGGUAAGAGAAAGCCUAUAAGAUGGUAGAAAUAAAUACGAAUAUAUUUGUAAUUGUAAUAAAACAAAGCAUCAUAGGAUGAACCUGUCAAAAGACAGCAGCAAUGUUCAAGCUUAAAUGUAAAAAGUUAGCUACGUGUAGUUAAAAAGUAUAUACUUAAACAUAACAGAAGACAUGACAUGAAGAAACACGAGGCAUAUGUUAACCAAAGGAAAGCUGGUAUAAUAUUAAUAGUAGACAAUCUAUAUUGAAGGGAAAAUUGUUACUAAAGAUAAAAUGAGAAUAUAAAAGGAGUAACACCAACAAGUUAUAAGAAUUAUGAACUUGUAUGACCUAAUAACAUAGCCUCAAAAUGUAAAAACCCAAAGCUAAAAUUGAAAAUGAUAAAUGUUCGUCUGCAAAAAAACCAACAAAAAACUGCCUUUCAUGAGUUCAGAGAAACCGUGCAACGAGAAAGGAAAGAUAACUCACCCUAGAUGUUAACACCGCAGCCUAAUGCUCACUACCAAGGGGAUCACUGCUGUGAACAAUAAAAGUUUUAUAGCAGAAAAGGUUUUGUGAUCAAGACUUUGACUUUUUCCAUGCAUGUCUCUGUGAAAAUAACUUACUUUUUGAAUAGAAAUGUCAGCAAAUAUAAUACCUCUUCAGUAAAUCCUCCCUAAGGAUUAAAAAGGGGACACUCCUGGCCAUACUUUGCCAUUUUUAAAAAUUGUUUCAGGAAUAAGCGAAGGUGAAGGGAGAGACUGGAAGUUCUAUGUUCCUUAUUUGUGCUCUCUCACUCACUCUCCCCAUUAAUUUUGUGAAGUAGUCUUUCUGUUUAACUGAAAAACUGAGGCACAGAGAGAUUAAGUAACAGACGUGGCUAAGGUUAUGCAGCUUGUCUCCAUGCCAGAGCUUCAGCACCAUCCGCAGCAUCAAAACCACACCAAUCAGUGAGGACGUACUGAAGGCAUUGUAUUGUGGGGAGGAAGUAGCAUAAUCAGGUCCAAGACCUAAGGAUGAAAAGUCUACUUAAGAAUCCUUAACUGAAAUAUAUCAAUGAUUGUUUCAAAAUGAAGACUUAGUUCUUGAUAGCUAGAUUCUGAAACAUGACUGCCAAAAUAGAAACUUAGAAAAAAAUCACUACUUUUACCAUAAAAUAUACUUCUCUUUUGCUUUCAAUAGUUUCUUUUAUUAUUUUAAGCCUACUUAUAUGUGCUGGUGUAAAUUUUAAAAAAUGUUAAUAACUAUAGUUUCUAUUUUUAUUUUUCCUUAAGAUUAUUUUGUUUCUUAUUUUCAGAACAGUGUCCCAAAUUCUUGGCUCCAACAGUUCUCCUCUAAGUGAAAGUAUAUUAUCAUAUCCAUGAAGCUAAGUAUUUUGAAAUAACAUUUUAAUAUUUGAUACUUAAAAUACACAUUUAUCUCUAUACAUGGAAACACCAAUAUUCAAAAGUUUUAUUUGAAUUAACUAUUAUAGGAACAAGGCCAGAGAAUUUUAUUAGAGGUUACAAACACUGAAACUUUUUCAUUUCAUACAUACAGUUUUAAUACAAAUGAACUUACUAAAAGACUCCUCUAUUUACUAACAAUUUAAGUUCUAUGAAUUUACUGAACAUUUAUUACUAUAUUCUUGUGACAUCUUUCCUAACAAGCCUGCAGAAACCAGAUUAAACACCUUCUGACUCCAGUUAUUACCAAAGCAUAAACCACCCCAUUAGCUAAAAUGACACAUACUGGAUAAUUCCUGGCAAAAUAUCAUCUUAUAUAUAUGACAAUCAAAACAUAUUCUAACUUCCCCAAAUUAGAGACUUUAUUGUGAAUUGCAUAGAGAACACUCUGUCAUAUUUUACAUGUUUUAUGAAAGGUAGCUAUUAAAGCCAUGGGCUAUACCUUAAUGAAGUAUAAAAUCUAUGUUUAUAUAAAACUUAGCUAUCAUCUAUAUUGUGUUUUAGAAAAUGUAUCAAAAGUUCUUGUUAACUUGGAAGACCAAGAACACCUAUAUCUUUAUUCUAUGUUUUAAAUGAUUUCAUCAGAACUCUAAAUUCAAGCUACACAGUCCCAUAGUUAGCAAGUCACAAUGGGCACUUUUUCAGUAUUUUUUUGCAUGGCCGUCAAUUUCUUGUUAAUAAAAUCACACUGAUAUAUAUAUUAUAAAUAAUAUAUGACAUUUUUUUAUUAUCUUCAAAAAUCACUAAGAAAAUGAAUUUAUGAAGGCUUUUAUAAAGCAAAGAAUCUUCAAUUCUGGUAAACUGAAAUUACUGGACUAACUUUAUAUUUAACUUUCUAUAAAACUUAUUUUAUGGGAACUCCCUACAUUGUUAGAAAGCAAAACUUUUUAGUCCUGAGUUUAGUUUCAUUUAUAACUCAUUACUGGAAUGCAUUUAAGUAAAUCAAUUUACAAUGUGUAAGAAGCCCAUUUUGAUAUUACAGAAGAAAAUUGUAAGUAGUAAAAUAAAAUGAAGUAUUGGAAAUAUGUAUGGUUAAUUGUAUGAAAGCUGAUGGUUGGAUUUUUACUCCAUUUUAGGGUUGGAAGGAGUAUUUUUUGUUAGACAUAACAAAAUAUUUUUAACAUUCAUUAUAAUAUUGUCUGACCUACUAUAAAAAAUUGUUAGUUAAUAAUUGAUCUUCAAAGUAGAAAGUUUUUUCUUAUUAAAAUGUCCACAUUAAGUCAACCUCUAGAAAGUAGUUAAUUCAUAACAAAUUUUAAAUAAAACGUUUUUGAUGUAACUGAUACCAUUAAAUUAGUUUUCUAGCCUAAGGGGAGUCUGUAGAUAGCACUUCUUCCUUUUCCCAUAAUUCAUGGGGACCAUCUAACAGUGGAGCUAUCCGUUCUGGGGCACAAAAACCAGUAUAAAUGUGUAACUGUCUGUACCUAAGCAUAGAAAUUUGACACUCAACCUGAUCUCAGACAGAAAAACAAAGGAAAUGGUGAAAACUUAAUGUUUAACAUCAAGGGUAGUGAGAAGGGCACUAGCCAAGUUCAAUCAAGUUGUCAAAUCUCAUCAUUGAUACAUUUGUAGAGGUAGAUGUUUUUUAAAUAUUCAACAUGUGAAGGUAGGUAAGUCUGAACUCAACAGUUUUAAACAAGUCAUUCUCUAAAGGCAAAACACAGCUAGAGCACAGGCAUAAAAUCUAUUGGUAAACAGGGUUGUUGCUGACUUUAUUUUCAUUUUUCCUUUGGCAUAGACAUUAGGAUAGUAAGUGUAUUAUUUUAAUUGAGAACUUCUUACAAAUAGUUGGAAUUAGCCUGAAUAAAAUAAUCUCACAAACUAAGACCUGAAUAGAAGCUAAAAAGGAUUACUGACAGUGUCACUGUGUUUAAGGGAGAAAUAUGUGUUGAAUUUGACAUGAUAUAUGCAGCGAAUACUUCUACUUGCUAGGAUGCUAUAAGGACCCUUAUACUUCUUGUGUGAAUGACAAAAGAGGGCCAAAAUAGACAUGGAGAUAUCUUUUAGUUAAGAAUAGUGUCAACUUUGUCCAUAGUAACUGGUAUAAAAUAAAUGGUCAUAUUAUGACAGAUUUGCAUAUGUUAUAUAUACAAAUUAUUUUUAAAUGUAUUAAUGUCUAGCAAAGUUUCUAAUGUAAACCUAGAGUUUAUAAAAAACAUUUAAUAUAGGUAAAACAUACAUUAACCUAAAUACAGUGAAACCAAAAUAAUGUAGAAGCUAGAAUCUUUCACAUAUUAUUUGAAUUUUCCAUAUGACAACAAAUGGCCUGUUAAAUUCUCCAUAUUACAAGAAAUGGCCUGUUGCUAUGUAUAUUCUGUAUAUGCCAUGACUGUGUUUACAUAUAUGAAACAUCUGGAAUAAAAGUAAAAAACCCAAACACCAAA